ACAGGAGUCAAUGCGUCAUCAAAUAGCGCCGACGCAGCUAGUAAAUGAUAACAGCAUGGCCAUAACUUUGAUAGUUUGUUUUAUUAGUUAUUUUAGUGUUUAGAAUUAUUGAGAUUCUACUGUUUUAACGCUAUAAAACCCAGCUUUAGUCAUGUGUCAGGUUGACGAAGAGUACGCCAGCUCCCUAGAACAGAAAUCUCUGCCUGCAGUUUCAAAGAAAUGCAUGAAGUGCAAAGAGGGCACUGCAGUGCUGAUCAUCCGAGUGGGAGAUGCCUUUUGUAGGGGCUGCUUCAAGGAGUACUUCAUACAUAAAUUCCGGGCCAUGCUCGGGAAGAAUCGUGUCAUCUUUCCCGGAGAGAAGGUGCUGCUGGCUGUUUCGGGAGGACUAACGUCCAGCUGUAUGCUAGCGCAGGUUCAAGAGGGCUUAAGUCGAGAUGCACCCAAGAAGUUAAGAUUCAUGCCUGGCAUCAUCUACAUAGAUGAGGGUGGUGUGUGUGGUCAGAAUGCUGAGAAGAGGGAGAAAGCUGUAGCUCAGUUGGAGUGCAUCUUCAAAAAGACUGGAUUCCCGUACCACAUCGUACCGCUGGAGCAGGUCUUUACUCUGCCCGAGUCGGUGCUGGAGCCUGUGGGUCGUCGUGAGCAGCCCAGCUCCAGCGCCAGCUACAAAGCAGCAGUGGAUCAGCACAUUCGGAGUGAAGUAACCCGGGGCCAGGGGGAGCCUGCAGUGGAGGAAUCCCAGGAUGCACUAGGCCGACUUCACCUUCAGGCCUCCGCAUACAAACCUGAACACAAACUGGCUUUAGAGGAACUUUUCUCCUCUUUGAAAACCUUAACAGCCAAACAGGACAUGCUGCACACACUGAGGCAGCACCUGAUACUGCACACUGCCCGGAUAAACGGCUACUCUAAGGUGAUGACGGGAGACAGCUGUACACGUCUGGCCAUUAAGUUGCUCACUAACGUCUCUCUGGGACGAGGGGCAGCUCUGGCAGCUGAUACAGCUUUCUCAGACUCUCGGUACGGUGACGUGGUGAUGGUGCGCCCCAUGAGGGAUUACUCCUCCAAAGAGAUCGGCUUCUAUAACAGGCUGUUUGAAGUGCAGUCUGUCUUCAUCCCAGGCUUGGACACCAAGACUGCUGAUAAAGCCAGUAUCCAGCGACUGACCGAGAGCUUUGUGGUUAAACUCCAGGCUGACUUUCCCUCCACCGUCAGCACUGUGUACAGAACAGGCGAGAAGCUGAACACAGCGUGUCCUCCUCAGAGCUCCAGGACAGAAGCUGCUGCCAAGUGUCUCCUCUGCCUCUGUGCUCUCGACACCAGAGCAGAAGACGCCACUGCGUUUAAUGCCACACUGAUGUCAGAGCAGCUGUCCCGGUGUACCCUGGAGGAAAAAGGCCAAAGUGAUGCAGGCUGUUGUCGGGGACAGAAUCAAGCUUGUGGGGAUGAUGGUUGCUGCUCUACAUCCAGGGUUCCUGUAGCUCCAGACCUGAAGAGUCUCCUGUGUUACAGCUGUAGACUGACCGUUAAAGACAUGACCGCGCUGGACUCCCUGCCUCCGUAUAUAACAUCUGAGGCAGAGAAACGCCAGAGGAGGGCUGCAAUGAAGACGGAAAUCGGCGAGUUCCUAUUAGAAGACGAAGGUGCAGAUGAAGAGUAGCUGGUUGUUUGUUUAUCGGAUCAGAUGAGCGUCAGUGCCGCACACCAUCGGGAAACAUUUGGCACUUUUACCCAC